UGAGAGCAGACAGGAGGGGGAGGACAGCCCAGCAUGGAGCUCCAGUCACCCUGAAUGAGCUGAACAAACAGCACAGCAAAGGACAGAGAAAACGAAGCAGAGAGGUGGACAAAAGCAGACAAGAGCAGAAGGGCAGAGCCCCUCCAUAGUGUACUGUUGCGGGGGAGGAGACUGGAAUAACUGAGGAGUAGCGUGAGCUCUAAGGGUCAUCGGCCUAAGGAUGUCCAGGAGCAGCUCCAUGGGGGACCUGGUGCCCAGGGACAUCACUGACAUACUGGCCCUGCAGUGUAAGGUUAGCAAGGGCAAGAACAAGCGUGGCUCAUCCUUGGGUCGGGCAUUCAGCUGGUUUAAGGGCAGCAAGCAAACAAGGAAUGUUAGUAAUGGCCAGAGUCACUCAGGAAGUCUGAGAGGACGAACUGGGGAAGACACUACCAUCAGACAGACUCACACCAAUCAAGACUCCUCCAAAGCUGAGCAAAAUCAAGAGGAGCAGAGGAAGCUGACAGUGCAUUACACGACCUCCCAGCACUACCAGGAGAAUGUGUUCAUCCACAGCAGCAGGCCAAAGUAUCUGGAGGACUUACAUAUUGAAGCCCAAGAAGGACUUAAGAUACUGCAACAAGAGGCAGAACACAACAAUGGAAUGAACCUACAAGAUGAUCAUACUGGUUCUAGAGUUAUUCCAAAUCAAGAUUCCAAUUGUCAAGAAAGAGCUGGACUUCUGGGAUUUGACAACACUGGCGAUUACUCCAUCACAGCUGCAAUGUCCUCUCACCCUGUGCUGACAAGGCAAGGUUCAACAUUUAAGCCCUUGAACAGUGUGAAGAAACUGGACAAGAGCAGAAAGAGAAACAGAAGAACGACAAUUUUGGGCAUACCACAACAUGUUCAGAGAGAGAUAUGUAUGGAGAAGGGAGUUUUACUGCGGCAGCGUCCAGACCCAGAUGACUCAGAUACAGUCAUAAUCCCACCAACUGUUGGAAGGGCACCAAUAACAAAUUAUGAAGGGGCUCGUAUACACCUACAGGAUAUUGAAGCCCUUCAAGAGUUCAGAGAUGAGCAACUUCUCAGGCACCAUAUACAAACUGUGUACAAAGAUGACAUGCUUGGGCCACGAAUGUCACCUAUACAGAGGCCCAAAUCACUUGCUAUACCUGGUAUGAUAACGUCUUCCUCCUUCCUGCAGGAACCACAAGGUCCUGUGAUGUCAAUCUCUCCACAGGCAACCUAUUUAUCCAAAAUUAUUCCUAAUGCAAUCCUUCCUGGUGCAAUAGAUGUGAUAGAAAUUGACAGAGGCCGUAGCCGGCACAGUGUACGGAGAGUUAGCAAGAGCAGCGUAGCAUCUGUGAGUCCAGGGUCUUCACAUUCAGGAGGUGGUACCAGAAAUGAACCAUCUCCCACCAGCUCCAAUCAGAGCCAUUCACAAUCAUCUGAGACAAUUGUCUCCAACUCCUCUACAAUCUCUUUAAAAAUAAAUGUUCCACCUUCUUAUGCAAUUGACUGCAUGAAGGAAGUCUCAGAUUUAAACCAUGUAGAGCAGGUGAGCAUUAAGAGCUCAGGCAGUUGGUUAAGUUCAACCAGCAAAGCAGGCAGUCAAAAUAUAGAGCAAGAGGAAAUGAAUGAUGAUGGAGAAAAUUCCAAAAAUGGUCAAUUUUUAUAUCGUAGUCUCUCUGUAUUGAAGCCUAAACUACCACCAGCACCGCCAAUGAGGACAUAUUCUUUGCACCCUGAAAAAAUUAAAAGAUCAGAAAUUACAGAAACAAAAUAUUUGAAUAAUUUGGAAUACAGCGGCAGGCAAACAGAUGGGGGACUCAAUGUAAAAGAUGAUCCUAAUUCAGCUAAAAAUGAAAAAAUGUGUACUGUCUCUCCAAUUUCAACAUUUUUGGAUGAGUCCCACACAUUUCUCACUUCAAGUCCACACAGCCCUGAUCAAGAAUCUGCUUGUGCUCAAACUGAAACAAGCAACUCAUCAUCAGAGAAUAAAUUUGAAAGGACAAUGUCACCUUCGAGCGGAUACUCAAGUCAAAGUGGUACACCAACUCAUUCUUCCAAAGGCAUCUGCACCCCCUCUCCAGGAAAGCAGAAGAUAAAGCUUCCAAAACCAGAGAGGAUGGGUGCACAAACCUCCCCUAUGGUGUCAGUCUCAUCAUCAAUGGCUUCCCUUUCAUCAGUUGUACCAGGACCAGUUCAUCAGAUCAUUCAAACCCACAUCAAUGAAUCCCAUUCGCACAGCAUCUCCAUUGCUGUUACAACAGUGAAUAACAAUGUGCCUCCUCCACCAUCAACAGCAGUGCCCAGGGAACUGUUUAACAUUCCACCACCACCGAAGGUAAAAGCUCCUUUUCCACCACCCCCUGAAACCUGGGCUCACAAUAAACGUACAAUUGAACUUUUAUGUGGUCCACCCCUAAUCAGUCACAGGAUAUUCGAGCUGCAGCAACAAGAACAAGAACAACAACAACAAUUUUUACUAGUGAAAAAUCAAAACACUUCUAAUGUUGAUCAAACCUCAUCAGAAAGACAGCCAACUUUAGAAGUUAUAACACACCUCCCUGGUUCAGAGACAAACAAUGACUCUAUGACAGCUCUAGAAGUGACUCUAGCUGAGCAUCUAGCUUUAGGGCACAUGGAAGGUCUUCCAGGGAAUGAAAAAGGAGAAUCUUCUGAGAGGGAAAAGGCAAGUUAUGUGAUUCAAACACAGAAGCAGAACAUUUUUGAAAAGAAAAGUCCAAUAAAUUCAAAGAAGGUGCAAGCAGCAUGCAAUAUUCAGCAAACAGUGCAGUUACCAACACAACAGUUAAAAAGUGAGGAGUGUGAGAUAAAUGUUCCCAUUUUGCCAGAGAAUCACACAUUAACCCUAAAGACAGACAUAACUGUCACACACAACAAAGAGUUACAAAAUCAUAUGCCCACACAGAAUCUAGAUCCAGAGGUCCCUGUAGUCAAUAGUACCACACCACCACCCUCUCCAACUCCUGGACAUCCUCCUCCUCUACCUCCUUCUAAAACAUGUCCAACCUACUCUACAUCUAUGCCUUCACCUGAGAAAGAACUUCACUGUGAAAAAGAAUUACCCAUUCUGGAGUGUCCAUGGCCUCCACCACCUCCACCUAUGAAUGAGUCAGCUGACUUGCUAUUUGACGGGCAGGAUGAGAUAGAGUUCCCCCCACCCCCACCACUACCACUAAUACGAGAAUCACUUUCAGAUAGGCCAUACCAAUGUCAGAGGGAAAAAAAUGGACAGACAGACAGUAUGCCUCCAAAGGAGUUGUAUGAUGCAUUAGAUAUAGCCAGUUAUAUACAGCAAAACCCAGAUCUCAUUGUUAACACAAUGCGAGAGAAAACUACAAAUAAACCUGUCAAUCCUGUCUUAAGUGUACCAAAGGUGUCAGACAAACUGUUUGAUCAAACCCAUGACAAACUACAGUUCUUUGGGAAAAUCUGUACUGAUCUGGUCUGUUCAAAAAUGUCUGUACUUCCUGAAAUUUCUGCUAGUGCAGAAAAUGCACCUUUACAGCAACUGUCUGAGGAAAACUCACCUCUACCUCAAGGGGAUUCUUCAAAUACAUCAGCUAUGUCAGCUGCAGAUUUAUCACAGCUAGCAACGUCUGAUGCUCCUGCAUUCUGUAUGGAUAUGCCUACUGCCCCUUCUCUUCCAAUGGAAGAUCAGUCUACUAUUAAUUUCAGAAGACAAAGUGUGAUGAACAAAGACAGCAGGAGCAAAGAACCUUUGUCCAAAAAUAAAAGUGCACCUAUCCCAAAAGAGGAUGCAAACAUUCCACUUGUUACACCUUCUCUGCUUCAGAUGGUGCGCCUAAGAUCUGUAAAUGCUGAGGACGAAGUAAUCACAGACUCACAAUCUGGUAAAGCUGGUAGACAGACUGCUUCAGACCAGAAUCUGUGCUUAUCUAGCCAGAUAAUUCCACAAAAACCAAUCCGGAAAUCUUGCCCAAAUCCCACACUACCCUCUGUCAAGUCAUCCCCAGCUACACCCUCAGCUCCCUCCAUGCGGCUUCAAGAAGCUAUACGCAUGAAGACAGCAGCAAUGUCUUCCAGUGGACAUCCACUAAAAAUUAAUCUACGCCUGUCAACCCUUACUACAAAUACCAAUGAUAUUAAUGUUAGCAACAAUGUGCCUAUAUCAUCCCCUAAAACAACUGAAGACAGUGACCUGCACAAGUCCCCUGCCUCCACAGCAAGCUUCAUUUUCUCCAAGAGUACAAAGAAAGUUGCUAUUGAGACCUCCGCAUUUCCGGAGGGGCAGACCAGCAUCAGGCAAAACCUUGCAGCUGAGCUCAUGCAGGUAACUGAUCAGGCUAAAUCAAUGGUUAUAAAUGGCACAAAAAAGCAUGUAAAGGUGCCCCCACCUGUUGCUAAGAAACCAGCACAUGCAACAAAUCUGUCAGAUAAGCUUGGAACUACAUUCACAUCAUCAAAUAAGCAAAAAAAUGGAAGAGAGAAUAUUGGACAGGCUAUUGGCCAGUGUGCACAUUCACCAGGGAAACAGAUGCCAACAAGCAAGAAUUAAGCAAUUACCCAUACAUACACACAAAAAGUAUACCAUACCAGUUUAAUAGUAACAAAAACUAGGAAAAAAAAUUAAAAAUUCAGACAAGACAGAGACUGCAAAUGCUAUUGAAGCAUGCACUCAUGAGUACGGUUAUGUGGGAACUGUUCAGUCAUUUUAAAGAGCAAGUUUGUAAUGAGUUUGUAAAAGAACCAAAGUAUCUGUUUUGUCUUAAAAGCCUUAACCUGAA